AUGGCUGCGAAGCGGCUGGUCGUUGCUGGAGGAAGUGGAUUCCUAGGAUCCAGAAUAUGUAAAUCAGCUGCUGCUCGAGGUUGGACUGUCGUAUCAUUAAGUCGAUCCGGCGAGCCGCGAUGGGAUGCCGUUACGGAUUCCUCAGAGCGUCCAAGCUGGGCAAGCUCAGUAGAGUGGGCUAAGGCUGAUCUUCUGAAGCCGGAAAGCUAUAAGCCAUUCUUAUCUGGUGCUUCGGCUGUCGUUCACUCUAUGGGCAUUCUGUUGGAGGCCGACUACAAGGGCGUUGUCCAGGGUCGAGAGCCGAUUAUCAGUGGCCUCCAGCGAGCCUUCAGCUCUUCUAAGCUUGGAAGCCAAAAUCCCCUAUUGAGAAAGGAGGGCGAGGCGCUCGAGCCGAAGGAGAAGGAUGGCCAAUUGACAUAUGAAUUAAUGAACAGGGACUCCGCUAUCGCACUGGCCCAGGAAUCAUCAAACGAACAUGUGCCGGCCUUCGUGUACAUCUCAGCCGCAGCUGGCGCGCCUAUGCUUCCCGCUAGGUAUAUCACCACUAAAAGAGAGGCCGAAGCGACCAUCACAUCCACUCUUCCUGAGCUUCGAACUAUUUUCAUUCGCCCAGGCUUCAUGUUUGAUUCUAGCAGGAAAUUCACGCUGCCGAUUGCCCUCGGCGGCUUUGUUGCCUCUGAAUUCAACACAUUUCUGGGGAACAAGCUUAGCUUCCUAGGAGCUAUGGCCGAGAAGCCGCUGAAAGUCGAUGUGGUAGGUGAGGCGGUGGUAGAGGCACUGGAGGAUGAGUCGACCAAGGGUGCUGUGGGCACAAAGCAGAUUGAGGCACUCGCAACAAAGGCAUGGAGGAAGGCGAUGCUUUAG